GCUCAGAUAUUAAGAAGAUUUAAAACGACGAAGUCAAAAAAAUAAAAUGACUUUUAACACAUAAAAAUCUGAUAUAUUUGAAAAAUAAUAUACAUUAACAGAUUCAAUAAAGGAAAUGUAAUCUGUUUGUUUCAUCACGAGGGUCAUCAUUCAGUGGUGUGUAUUUAUGCAACAGAAGACAACUAUUAUCCAUCAAAAAAUAUUGAAAAAUUCAUGACAAAAUGAGUUAACAACCAGAAGAUAUAAAAGAGAUAUGUAGGUGUGAAAAAAAACAAAAAAAAACAGGAGAAACUUACCAGGUAAGCGAUUGUUAUAUCUUGAGUUAAUUUACAAGAAUGAAGAUUUGGCGUGGAUGGGUGAAAAUUUGCGCUUCGUUAAACAGUUUCUUCGAGAAAGUUUUUAUCAAAUGGGCGCGUUUAAUUGGUUCUUAUCCAAAAACUGUAAUAUUUUUAUCAAUAUUUAUAUCUUUGGGACUCAUGGCUGGUUUUGCUCGGUUUAAUUUACAAAAUCACGGCGAGAAAUUGUACUUUCCACAGGACAGCCUCUCUGGUCAAAAUGAUAAUCGUGCAAAGAGCUCAUUUCCAAGCAAAGCGUUACCAGAAGUGUUUAUACUUGAAAUGAAAGAUCAAAGUUCCAUAUUGAACACAAAAGCAUUAAAAGCUGCCCUGUUGCUUCAUAAUGGCGUCGUGCAUAACACAAGUUAUAAUGACACAUGUGCACGCGUACGAAACGACUCCACAGUGUAUGGAUGCUAUUAUGAAGGCAUUUUAGAUUUGUUUCAAUACAACAACAGUUGGAUCACCAACACUUCCAUUCAGUCGACACUACUAAACUCUUUAAAUGAUGAUACAAUUUUACUGAACAGUGGACUACCAGCCUCUGUUAGACUAAGAGAAAUUCUUGGACAUUAUAGCUAUAAAAAUGGUUCUGUAAGAGCUGUCUCUUUACGUAUGCAAUAUUUUGCAAGAUAUCCUGAAACAGAUGAACUGUAUGAUAAAAAUAGCGAAGUUGAAAAGGAGAUCAUUGAUUUCUUGGAAUCAAAGCAAAGUGAAUUUGAUCAAGAGGGUAUGAGAAUUUACAUUAGAACAAUAAGGAGUAUUGAUGAUGAGUUAUCUGAAAGUUCUGGUGGGGACAUUAAAUUCAUUGCGGUGUCCAUAACGCUUAUGUGUGUUUUCACAACGUUUGCUUUAUCCAAGUUCAGAGAUGUUGUUGGAGGUCAUUUCCUAGUUGGAAUGAUUGGUAUUGUUUGUAUUAUGUUUGGUAUUGGCUCAUCAUUUGGAUUUGUGAUGUCUACUGGAACAUAUUACGUUGCAUUUGUGGGCACUGUUCCUUUCUUAGUUCUUGGUGUUGGUAUAGAUGAUAUGUUUAUAAUCAUUGAUGCACUUGAUCAUGUAAGUCAAGAAAAGCGUGGUUUAAGUCGUUUGGAAAUAGCAUUGGGCCAUGUUGGUGCAUCAGUAACUAUGACAACACUUACAGAUAUGAUUGCGUUUGCAGUUAGUGCCAGCUCCAUCUUUCCUGCUAUACGAUACUUUUGCUUGUACGCCUCCCUGUCGAUUUUGUUUAGUUAUUUUAUACUUCUGUCGUUAAUGAUUGCUGUACUGUCGUUUGACAUUAAACGAAUUGAAUCAGGAAAAAUGGACUUUUUCCCAUGCAAAAAAGUGAAAGGUUACGAACCGUGGAAAAAAUGUCAAAAAGGAAUUUCUGAUAAGAUUAUGAUUCGAUGGGGUCGAUUAUUAAUGAAGUUACCUGUCAGAGUAUUUGUUAUUGUUCUUGCGCUUGGUUUGUUUGGUGUAAGUGUGUAUGGAGCAACUAAAGUUGAAGAAAAGUAUGACUUGAGAGAGUUAGCUCCAGACGGAUCAGAUUUUGUGAAAUUUUUAGAUGCUAAUUUAGCAUAUCCAUCGGGAUUCGGAGUUAAUGUUAUUCUAGAUGAUGCAAAAUUUGAUUAUACUGAUUAUGACAGCCAACAAAAAUAUGCAAAGAUUGCUAAAGUUUGCGAAGAAAACAAAUAUAUGAUUCCAAGCGAAACAAUCAGCUGGAUGAAUAACUUUCUAAAUUCUUCUUACUGCUUUGGAAAUAAAAGAUUGAAUUGCACAGGUCCAGCUUUUUACUCUCAGUUGAACCAAUUUCUAAAGGACAAACCUAUGCAUAAUGGCGAUUUAAAAUGGAAGGAUGGUAAAAUUAGAGCAUCCAAAGUCAUGUGCAGAGAGAAAAAUGUUGAUUCGUGGACUUGGAAAACAGAUAGCAUGGUGAACUUUCGGGACAAUCUUGAGAAAUUAAAUAUCGAAGGACUUUUUGCAGUAAACCGAGAAUAUUUCUACAGAGAGCAAGUACUAGUAGUCCAAUCAGAAACAAUUCGAAACCUCCUUAUUUGUGGUUGCGCCAUUGUGGUUAUUACAACACCAUACCUCGUUCAUCCAGGUGUUGUUAUACUAGUGUCGAUUGGUUUCGCAUCACUGGUUGUUGAAUUAUUUGCUUUGAUGGCAGCAUGGAAUGUGGCGUUAAAUUCUAUUUCCAUGGUAAUUACUAUAAUGGCAAUUGGAUUUGCUGUAGACUAUUCUGCUCAUAUUGCGCAUGCGUAUAUGAUAUCAAACGCUCCAACACCUGAAGAAAGAAUCGUCCACGCUUUAGGAUCAAUUGGUUCAAGUGUGUUUAUGGGAGGUCUAUCAACAUUUUUGGGCAUCAUCGUCCUGUCGAUCAGUGAAUCUCAAAUCUUUCGUAUCUUUUUCAAAAUGAUGUUUGGUAUAGUUGCGUUAGGAUUACUCAAUGGGUUGUUAUUUCUACCAGUGUUUCUUUCGGUAUUUUGCAGAACCAAUAUCAGAAUCUCUUUUAUCGACGAGAUGCGAGCAAGUAAGACAUCAAAUACUGUGAUGAACGGAAUUACAAAUAAGGCAGUCACCAAAGAUGAAGUUUCAAUGGAUGAUAAUUGUCAACAUAACACUGAAAAUCCAACAAAACACCAAGCAGCUGAAAUGACCGUUGUGGAUUGAUAUCUUUUGUAUAUAUCAUAAUUUUAUUGUUUGUAAUAAAGGACUAAAAUAUUUUA